UGACGUCAAGAAUAAUCGUUACUUUUCUCAUCCGGGUCUUCACUCUGCUCUUACGGUAUUAUUUACUUUACUGAGACCAGGGAGCUUGCGCUGGCUUAAGCGUUCAGAACAAAUAUAUUAUUUUAGCCAAGAAGGUCCACGGGACUUCGUCCGGUUUAAUUUGGAGCUCAUUAGUUCAACUUGAGUGAGAAACCAGUGUGGAUAACGUUUUUAAUUGACUCUACAAGUCGUUUACGAAUGAAUAUUUAAUGGCUUCGGUAUGGAGAUAGCCUUGGUGAGUUUUGAGAACGGCGGCGCAAAGGGGAGCGGUGGCAAUGCCGACGAAGCCUGCCGAAACGCGCUGGAUCACCCUCAACCACCAUAUGUACUAACCGGACUCAGCGAGGACUACAGGAAAGAGCUGAACACCCUGGGGAGUCCAAAGCCAAGCUCGUGGAAAAUCAACGACAUGAACAACACUUUUAGUUGCAGCGAAAAUGCCAUGGAUGCGCUCUUGCGCGCAGACCACAGUCCCCAUCUGUUUGAUGAGGGUAUGCUGGACAUGGACAUCGACAAUGAGAGCAACGAGAGAGUGCUCAUCAACAUUGCCGGUCUGAAGUAUGAAACUCAACUGGGGACGCUAAAUCAGUUUCCCGACACUUUGCUGGGAGACCCAGGAAAGAGAAUCAAAUACUUUGAUCCACUCCGGAACGAGUACUUCUUCGACCGCAACCGGCCAAGCUUUGACGGGAUUCUAUAUUUCUAUCAGUCGGGAGGCAAGAUUAGGAGGCCUGUCAAUGUGUCUAUUGACGUGUUCGCAGAUGAGAUUAGGUUUUAUCAGUUGGGGGAGGAAGCCAUGGAAAGGUUCCGGGAGGAUGAGGGCUUUAUAAAAGAGGAAGAGAAGCCCUUGCCAGUAAAUGAAUUUCAAAAGCAGGUAUGGCUCAUAUUUGAGUACCCAGAGAGCUCCAGUCCUGCCAGGGGCAUCGCUAUUGUCUCCGUGCUAGUAAUCACCAUAUCCAUCAUCACGUUUUGCCUGGAAACCUUACCCGAGUUCCGGGAUGAAAGAGAACUCAUGGCCUCCCUCCGACCGGACAACGGCACGGCGCACCGGCCAUCGCUUACCUUCAGCGACCCGUUCUUCAUCAUAGAAACCACCUGUGUGAUAUGGUUCACUUUCGAGCUCAUAGUGCGAUUCUUUGCUUGCCCUAGUAAGUCAGAGUUUUCCAAAACCAUCAUGAACAUCAUAGACAUCAUGUCAAUCAUGCCUUACUUUAUUACAGUGGGCACUGAGCUGGCGGAGCAGGCUCAGGGACCGAACCACGAGCCGCAGACGCAGGGCCAGGGCAUGUCGCUGGCCAUUCUCAGAGUCAUUCGCUUGGUUCGAGUGUUUCGAAUUUUCAAGCUCUCCAGACAUUCGAAAGGUCUCCAGAUUCUCGGGCAGACACUGAAAGCCAGUAUGAGAGAACUUGGACUCUUAAUUUUCUUUCUCUUCAUCGGAGUCAUCCUGUUUUCAAGUGCUGUUUUCUUCGCAGAGGCGGACGAGCCGGAAUCACAUUUCUCUAGCAUCCCCGAUGCCUUCUGGUGGGCUGUAGUCACCAUGACAACUGUUGGAUAUGGAGACAUGAGACCAGUGACAGUGGGGGGAAAAAUUGUCGGCUCGCUCUGUGCCAUUGCUGGAGUGUUGACCAUCGCUUUGCCGGUGCCCGUCAUCGUAUCCAACUUCAAUUACUUUUAUCACAGAGAAACGGACCAGGAUCAGUCGUCUCUGAAAGAUGAGCCAAACAGUGGUCAUGACAGUCCGGAACUAAAGCGGCGGGGCAGUAAAUCAUCCGCCAAGUCCACGGGAGACGCAGAGAACAACGACGGCUCGACAGUCGAGAAAGCAAAUAUUAAAGCCAACAGCAGCAUGGACAUCAAACGAUCCCUUUAUGCGUUCUGUUUGGACACAAGGGAAACGGACCUGUAGGCCUAGAUUGGGUUCUUUUAUUCGUUUCUCAGUCAAGAGACAUUUAAAAAAUAGAGCCUUUAGUGUCAGUUGAUGUGUAAAAUACCCUAAUUAAUGGGCCACAAUCAAUGCACAGCCGAAGGAUCAACACGUUGAAAUCCUGAAAAGUUUCGAGCAACGAGGUUAGAUUUAUAAAAAGCACAUUAUAAUCCCUUGAUCUAGCAAGCACAUUCACGAGAGACCUGUACACAGACGCUCACGGAUGAAAAUUAAGUAAACAAAGCAUGCGUGUGGACCUAGUGCCCGUGCAAUGGCCUGCCCAGGAGUAAAAGGCUAUUUCAGAGCCACUUAUUGAUCUUCAAAUCCAGUUUGACCAAUCAAAUUAAUCAAAAAUUAAAGUAGGGCAUCAAGCCCACGAGAGAGAGAGAGUGCACUGAUCAAGGCUGGCUGGUCUAGAAAUAAUUACUUGCGCGCUUAACAUCACGGAGAGGAUUAGACUGGUGUGAGCUAACGCGCGGGCCUUAACUGAGCUAGAAGUAACAACAAAAAAUGUCGGCUCUUUGUAAAUAUUAAAGUCUGUCUUUAGUAAACGUUUUGUUUCAAAAAGGAAAAGCCAAAAGGGUAUUUUAUUUUCGUAUGUAUCGUCAAUUAGUCGUAUGUUUACUCUAAAAAACAACCGUUGCAUUAAAUGCAUCUAAGAAUAUGUACAUAUUUUCGUAUAGGCCUAAUAUUUAUUUAUUUCAUUAUUGUAUUGAUAGAGAUCUAAAACAAAGCACACUUUAUUUUUGCGUCAUAUAAUUCUCAUGGACAUAUAUUGACCAGACACCUCAGGUCCGAUAUCUGUAAGAUAUUCUAGGAGCUAUUUAAGGAGGAUAC